GUUGCUUUGCAAAAGGCAUGGUAGACUCCAUUGCUAUUGCACAAAGAGAAAAACGUUUAAAAAGAAACUUGGUUCUCAUUCCCAUCGCAAGAGCUUUGAAUAUGGCACUCUUAGGCCAAGCAGUGUUUAACGUCUUUUGGUCUCGUGAUAUCGGCCUUGACGUUCAAAAGAUAUUUACUCUUCAAGUAGUUAAUUCCAUCUCAGUAGUGUCACUGGAAAUUCCAUCUGGAAUAACUUCGGACACUCUGGGAAGGAAGAAAACUCUAGUAAUUGCGUGUGCUCUGAAAAUUGCAGCUUUUGUAGUUUAUGGAAGUGCGCAUUCCUUUGUUACUUGUUGUAUUGCGGAAUUCUUGCUUGCUGCAGGAAGCGCUGCGUGGUCUGGUACAGAUACUGCCAUUUUGUAUGAAACUGCUGCGGAACUCAAUCGUUCAGCGGAAGCAUUGGACAGAGAGUCUUCUAAUGUAUUUGUUUCACAAACAGUAGAAGGUUCUUGUGCCAUUCUUGGUGGAUUUUUGGCAACUUGGGGUAGUGUUCGUUUGGCGGUUUCUGCUACUGCCCUUCCUUUUGUUAUGGCUUGCCUUGUAACCUUUGGUUUGAUUGAGCCAAACUGGAAGAGUCCUUCACCAUCUUAUGAACCAAGCCAUCUUUCUGAUGGGGUUGAAUUGGAGGAUAGAGCUGGAGAAAGUGACCCGAUUGAUACGGAAGACUUAACUAUGGACCCUUUGAAGGAAUAUAUUCCUCUCCAUUCGAAAAGUCCGAACGAUUCAGAUACCACUGAAGAAGUUCUUCAAAAAGGAAAUAAUUUUGAGUCAAUUUCCUUAGGCAAUAGUGAAGACAAUAUCGAUGUUUCCAAUCAUCAAGUUUUGAGUCGUGAAGACAGAUUGGAUAUGGACCAUGGAAGAGUUUUCGAUUUUGUUGGUUGUCAGUGUUUUCGACUAUUCCAUCAUCAAUGGAUUCUAGUGGCUGCUACUUUGCAAAUGUCACAAGUUUUUGAAGCAAUGUGUUCCACUAUAUUUGUAUCUUGUGCUACGUAUACUGCUGUUUGGUUUUAUCAGCUGCUUUUUGAACGAGCCAAUAUGUCUUUAGAUGCAUAUGGUCCUUCUUGGGCAGUUUUAAACUUUGCAGUUGCACUUGGCGCAUAUCUUUCUCCGAUAUUCUAUCGAAAAUUGGGUUUGUUUUUGACUCAAUCUAUUUUGGGUCUCUGGCUACUUUCCUGUUUUAUUGCUCUUGGAUUGUGGAUUUCUCCUUGGGUAGUUGUGAUUGGGUGUCUGUUAAAUAUGGUUCGGGGUAUUAAUCAGCCUAUGUUUAUAACUCAUCUGAAUCAUUUACUUCCAAGUUCUUGUCGUGCCACAAUGGGAUCUGUUUAUUCUUUAGGCACUAGAUUGCUGUUUUCAGGAGGGGCGCUUAUACUUGGUAUAGUUUCUCGUGUAUAUAACCUGACAGUUGCUUGUAUUAUUUGUGGUAUUUUCUAUGGAGGGGCCGCAGUUAUAUUUGGAUUUAUGUUUCAUAGAACGCAAAAACAAUCAAGUCGUUCAUCUUUUAUAACCAUUGCUACAGAGGAUUGAUUCAUGAUACCUUUUAGAGAGAGAUCCAAUAUUUUA